AUGGCUUCCCUCAUUGCCAAGUCCCCCGUCGCAGCGCAGACGGCGACGCUGAAGUCGUCGUUCCUGGGCUCCAAGCCACAGGCGAAGGCCGCGAGCGCUGCGCUGCCAGUGAAGAAGUCGGACGCGCGCGUGGUGUGCAUGGCUGGUGACCGUUGGGGUGGGCUGGGCCGUGAUGGGUCUGACGACCAGCAGGACAUCACCCGCGGCUACGGCAUGGUCGACGCCGCGUUCCAGGGUGCUCAAGGCAUUGGGACGCACAAGGCUGUCCUGUCGUCCUACGACUACGUCAGCCAAGGCCAAAGGAGCCUGCAGUGGGACAACACCAAGGACGGCUACUACAUCGCUCCCGCGUUCAUGGACAAGGUCGUCGUGCAUCUCGCCAAGAACUUCAUGAAGCUGCCCAACAUCAAGGUGCCGCUCAUCCUGGGAGUGUGGGGAGGCAAGGGUCAGGGCAAGACGUUCCAGAUGGAGCUCAUCUUCGCUAAGCUCGGCAUCAACCCGAUCAUGAUGUCCGCGGGAGAACUCGAGUCCGGCAACGCCGGCGAGCCGGCGGCGCUGAUCCGGCAGCGGUACCGCGAGGCGUCGGACGUGAUCAAGAAGGGCAAGAUGUGCUGCCUCUUCAUCAACGAUCUCGACGCGGGCGCGGGCCGCAUGGGCGGCACGACGCAGUACACGGUGAACAACCAGAUGGUCAACGCCACGCUCAUGAACAUCGCCGAUAACCCCACCAACGUGCAGCUCCCCGGCAUGUACAACAAGGACGAGAUCCCCCGAGUGCCCAUCAUUGUGACGGGCAACGACUUUUCGACGCUGUACGCGCCGCUGAUCCGUGACGGGCGCAUGGAGAAGUUUUACUGGGCGCCCACACGCGAUGACCGCGUGGGCGUGGCGCAGGGCAUCUUCCGCCUGGACGGCGUGCCUGAGCACGACGUCACCACUCUGGUCGACACCUUCCCCGGCCAGUCCAUCGAUUUCUUUGGUGCUCUCCGUGCGCGUGUGUACGAUGAUGAGGUGCGCCGGUGGGUGGCCAAGGUCGGCGUGGACAAUGUGUCAAAGCACCUGGUAAACUCGCGGUCGGGCCCGCCCAAAUUCGACCAGCCGGCAAUGAACCUGGAGACGCUGCUGGCGUACGGCAACAUGCUGGUGAAGGAGCAGGAGAACGUCAAGCGCGUGCAGCUUGCUGAUACCUACCUCGCGUCGGCCGCCCUCGGAGAUGCGAACAAGGACCAGAUGGAGCAGGGAACCUUCUUUGAAGGCGGCUAUGCCCAACAAGUGGGAGUGCCAGUGCCAGCAGGUUGCUCUGAUCCCAACGCUGUCAACUAUGACCCCACUGUUCGCAGCGACGACGGAAGCUUGAACUCCAAGUACGAUUUCACAGCACUCAGCGACGCAACCCUCCUCCUCCCCAGCGACACAGAGGCGGAGGCCCUCGCUAAGAAGGUCCCCGUUAAUAAAGCCAACAUCCCCAGAAUCUACAACAUUACGGCGUACCACAUUAUUCGCAAGAAGUACACCGUUCCCGCGCUCAAGGUGCUCAAGAAGUCGCAGCCGAUCGGCACGCAGUUGAAGCAGGCGAUGUACAAGGUUUCGCAGCAGAAUGGUAACACGGUUUCUUUCGCCAAGACGCCCAACGCGCCCCCUGCCGCCUGGACCACGAUCCAGAUCGUUCGGCUGUACGCUGGACCGUACUUCAUCGCGCACGGCGUGGAUAAAGUCCUGAUUCCCACGAACACCAGGGUGUAA